AUGCCUGAUAAAAAGGACCAGGGCGCACCAGCACAAGACAUGUCCAGCAUUAUUGCCCAGCUGACCGCGCUGCUCGAGCAUCAGACAAACAUAACUCCAGCAGCCAGUUUCCGUUUGCAGCUCUCUGUGCCUACAUAUGACGGCCACACAGAUAAGAAAUCGGUGGCAGACUUCCUUCAGGAGAUGCAAGAUUACCGCGAUGCGGAAGCCAUUACGCAUGACGUUCUUCUUCAGCGCGUCUUGCCCGUCGCCCUGACUGGGUCCGCCGCCCGCUGGCGUCGUCGCCAGUCAUUCCAAAGUUGGGCGCACUUUGAGCAGCUACUGCGAGCAGAGUUCCUCCCCCCCGACUACGUUGUCCGCAUGAAAGACGAGCUUCGCGCCCGUAGUCAGGCGGAGGAGGAAAGCCUCCAAGAAUACAUACGGUCCCUUCAGGAGCUUUACGAGCGCGCAGACCCUUCAUCACCCGAAACGGAAAGAGUCACCCGGGCAAUCCGGCAAUCUCAUCCACGCUUCCAGGCUUUUCUAAGGGGCCGCACCUUCUCUUCGCUUGACGAUCUCGCUAAAGCGGCAUCCGAUAUUCAGGCGGCGAUGUUGGCAGAGCUAACUUACCAGCCUCCACCCCCGCCUCAAGCCUCCCCCGAGCCGUCUUGCGCGUGGUCGGGAAGCACCAGACGUGCGGUAUCGGCGAUAGCCGAUGACAGAGCCCGAAAUGAUCCCUGCUCCACGUCAGUCCAGUACCAACUGGCACCUUUCCGUAAGAGCUGGUGGAGAGGUCUUGCCAGGGAAGAGUUUGAACAGGCCCAGUCGGAAGACAGCACACUGCAACGAACCAAGGCCUACAUUGAAUCGUCCUGGCCUGCGCAAAAAUCUCUGCCGGGUGAGCUUCAACCUUUCCUCAAACUUCGCGAUGAACGAAGCGCCAACCGGAACUUCAGCUGUGGCUGCUGCGAAGCAGCCGCCUAUGGCACCAGUGAGCCGCUGUGA